AUUACAAAAAUAAAAAGGGACUCAAAGACCCUGAUGAGCAGAGCAGUAAAUAUGAAGCCUGAAAACCUAAUAUCUUAACGGACUGAAUCUUUUGUGUUUUUAACUAAUCUCUGCUGGGUUUGUGGGGCGCAAGCGGUUGCCACGGCAACAGGUUGAUUAAAUGACAUUAAAAAGUUAUUAGACGUUUAGAGUCGAUCGCCUUGUUUUACCUUUGUUUACCUUUGCUGGGAUGCAUCACAGCUGCUGUAGUUUAUGAACGUUCAAUAAACGACAACGUCUGAUGUGCAGAUUGAUGAUAUAGAAGACUUAGAAACUCACAUGCUAGACAGUACCCAUCUAUUCUGCAGAGCAAAAAAUGACCACCCAAAAAAUAUGUUCAAUGACUCUACAUAUGUACGCAUAAGCGUAUCCCUUGCCUACAGGACUUACCAAUAAAAUUAAUAACAUGUGAGGAAGUGCCACCACCAUGCUUUUUGCCUUCUGAAAGCACCUGGCCAUACUGUCCAGGACCUACCCCUCCACAGCUUAGUCCAUCCAAGAUAGUGACCUCACAAGCCAAGGUUUAUGGCAUUAGUUAUGUCAAAAAAGGUAUGUCAGAUGCUGAAAAAGAAUGCCCAGUUUGUGGUAACAUUGUGAGAUUCCAAGACUAUACUUCAGGUUUCCACAAUUUCAACAACAAUGUUCUCCUUACGCUUCCUUUGUGUGAGCUUCUUUUAUCUGGCCUGGCUAACAAGUCAACAAGUGGAYGGAUGCUGGAGACAUUAUCCUUCUUUAAUGACAACAGAUACCAUCAUCAAACUGUUCGAAAGGCAUUUCAUCACUUUCUUUCUCUGACAGACUUUAAAUUUGAGUUCUGGUGUUAUCAGUGCGGACACAACCCACCGGUGAUAAUAGCGGAUGCAAACUGGAAACUGGCUUUUGACAUACCACUUGGCACAUUUAAAAGACCAAAUCCUGAUAACAUUUCUGACAAGGAACUUGAAGUUGACAUUGUGAAGGCGUGGUCCGAUUUAGACAAAUCAAUAAUCGCAGAUGCCCUCAUUUCAGGAACAACUGUGGCUAAUCAAUUCAGCACAUCAACUCGUCACUCGACUUUGGCACCCUGGAUGGGACGGCACACCAGAGCUGGAAACAUUCUUCCCAAAACCAAAAUGAAAAAGGCAUUGAAAAAGAAACAGGACAACAUCACACAUACAACGAGACAGUUAAAUGAAGACCAUAUUUUGGAACUCAUUGAGUCCAAAAAGCAUAUAAAGAAGGACCUUYAAGAUGCUUGGCUUUCUCUGGGUGUGUCAUCUGAGGGGACAAUAGCAGAGCUGAUUAAUAGGCUCCAGGAACUGCUAUGUUUUAAAGAUGUCUAUCCUAAACUUUUCCUGAAGCUGCAGAAAGCUGGUGGUGGUGUCCUUCACCUCUCAUGUAUGCAUGGUGUCGUUUAUUAUGUGAACUUCCUGUUCUGGAUGGAGUCUGCCAUAGAUCAUGCAGACGGUUUGCUGAGCUUCAAAAAUCUGCCUACAUGCUACAUUUCAGAUGUAGCUGGCCAGGUCGCAAGACACACCACCAACCGCACCAAACAGCUGUAUUUUCAACCUCAUGAUGGCCGACUUUGUGCCCCAACGGCAGAAAACAUCAAAAAAGCAGAGCAAAAGGAAUUAAAGAUUGACGUGGAGUGGGUCAAAAAAUUGAGAUGUCCUUUGCCAAUGCAUAGAGAUGAUGGGAUAAACCAAUUUGCAUGACAACAUCCAUCAACAGGGACAUGUGAUAGAUAUUCUCUCUAUGAUAGAUUUCAUUAAAAAAAUCAAAAAAAGACCAGAGGAGACGCUAAGAAGCCUGAAUAUUUGCCAUGAUCUGAGGAAAGAAGUUAACUCAGCUGUCGCUGAACAGUUCAACCGAGAACCUGUUCUGAAUAUUUUAAGGUAUUCAUUGUGCCAAAUGAAGGAAGAGCAUUUCAAGCAGACUGUGAGGGUCUUAAUUGAUCUGCACAAUGAAAAGAUCAACAGAACCUUUCAAAAAGACAUGGAGGCAAUGUGCAAUGCGCAGCUGGAUGUUGGACUUAAUUGGAUGCUGGGACUAAAGUCUCUUGAUGGGAUGACAACCUUACCUCCUGAGCACAAACCCAACUGGUUUGUGCUAAAAAAACAAAAAAAAAAAACACUCCUUUGUGGCACAGCAAUACAUUCUUGACGAAAACAGCAAGGCGAAACUGAAGACUUUGCUGUCUGGGCGACGGGAUGAAAAUGAAGUCCUAUCACUUGCCAGGAGACGAUUUCCUGUGUCAAUCAAAGACAUUACCAGUGUGAGCACCUCAGAUUUAUUAGAAGAAUCUUCAUUGGUUAUGCCGUGGUUGACAGAUGAUGCUGUCAACUAUCGAGUAGCACAACUGGCGGCACUAGACAAUACGGAUGGAACUGUCCGAGAUCAGAUUGCAAAGCAGAUACAACAAUGUGGAAACAUAUACCUUCUGAGGAUUGUGGGUCAUUCUUCUCCUGAGACUGGGAAUCAUUUCAUUCUCUGGGUCUUUGACUUCAGCUGCAAAGAGAUCCGGAUAUAUGACUCCCUAUCACUUUACAAAAACAUAAGUGAUGACGACAUGGCUUUACUCAGAAAUGUGUUCAGAUGUUCUGGUGGUCUUCAAGGUUGGACAGUAACAUUUCCUCCACAGUGGAAGCAACAGGAUUCUAUUAAUUGUGGAGUUUUUGUGUGUUCAGCUGUUGAAAAUGAAGUUCAACAUCACCAGGUCAGUGCAGAGCCUCUGACACUUAGUCAAUGCCGGACUCUCCGUCUACAUCAUGCCAGUGAAAUUUUGAAAAAUAUUGAUCCAAAGGAUUUCCCCCCAACUUUAAAAGAAGCAAUUGUAAUGGAAAAAAAGGAAAGCAAACUUCAAGAAACAGAGCAGAGACAUGGAUUCAAGUAUGCAUUGUUUGGCCUGGAAGAUCAGGACGUGUUUGUUUCAGCGAGCAACAGGGAAAACAUCGGAUGUGUUACACAAAUUCAGUAUUACAGCAGAUUCUACUCUGCAAAAUACUUUUCCACGGACACAUUAAGAAGUACCGUUGGGUCCAAUGCACAACCUGUAAAAACUGGUUGCAUUUUCAGUGUGCUGGUUUGCCAGAAGACUGGAAUAAGACAGACGUCUUUUGUGGAUGCAGUGCAAACCCUGAUAUUGACAAGAUUCUGCAGUCUACUAAAGCUGAAGACAUUCUUACAGAUUCAGAGAUUACGGAUCUGGAAAAGAAAUUGCAGACCGGGGAUGUUCUGUCAAACAGGAUGUAUAUGUGGAAACACAAAGGAUUUGAUCUACUCCUCCGCAAAUUCUACAGUGACCAUGACGCCAUAUUUAAUGAUGUGAUGACAGACAUCCUCACCAUGCGACUUGAAGAGCUCUUUUGAGUUCCUGGCCAUGAAGCUGCUGACCAACACAUGAUCACAGAAGUGAUUCUGCCAGAGUUCUGAUCCAGUGGCUGCCAAAGAGCAUGAGUCUUUGCCGGUCCCAAGCAGAGGUUGUUCUUCAGAAAACRGUCAAGAAAGAUUCAGGAGAUAAAGUGAAAGACAAAACACCAGAAAAGGACAGCACAAUCAUGAGGGACAGCAAGGCAGCAGCCCAAUGGUGCCAGAAUGAGAAUUUUUUGGGACAGCUCACACUUCCUGCUGUUCUGGAUUAUGAUGUUCAACAGACAGGAAGCUCUCCAGGACCUCAAGAACUGGGAUGGAGAAACUGAUCAAAAUUGUCCAGUGGAGCCAUUCACUUUUGUGUUUGAAAAAAAAGAAGACCAUGAGAAGUUCUGCUCAGAAAUUUGUGACAAAAAAGGACUGAAGGUUUUUGCUAGAUUUSAGUAAAUCUUUAAAAUAAAAACAUUGAAAAGA